AAAAAGAGCUGAGCAGAGCUAGGGACUGCAUGGUGGCUUUAGAAACGGCUUCUUUAAUUCAAAGAUAACAAUGGUUGGGAAGGCCAGAUCUUCUAAUUUUACCUUAUCUGAAAAGCUCGAUUUGCUAAAACUCGUGAAGCCGUACGUUAAAAUUCUCGAGGAACAUACCAAUAAGCAUUCUGUAAUAGUGGAAAAAAACAAAUGCUGGGAUAUCAUAGCUGAUAACUACAAUGCCAUCGGAGUAGAUCGCCCUCCUCGCACUGCACAGGGCCUGCGCACGCUGUACAAGAGGCUCAAAGAAUAUGCCAAACAGGAGCUAUUGCAGCAAAAGGAGACUCACUCAGAUUGUAAAAGCAGCAUUUCCGAGCCAACCAAGAAAGUUGUGGAGAUGAUUCCACAGAUUUCCAAUGUGUGUUUAAGAGACAGGAGCGGUGUUCAAAGUGCUAGUAUCGAUAAAGAAACAAUUGCUGGUACCAGUUCACCACAGGCCAUGUUGGAUCACCAUCCUGCGACAGUCAUGAUGGAGGAUGUCAAACCUCCUCCUUCCUUGGUUAUAGACUCACAGCAAAAUGAGAACUUAGAACAAGAGGAAGAACACCAGCUGGUACAUAUUAUGGAAAGGUCUCCUUCAACAUCAGUAUCUUCAGUUGAUAUGAGAGUGAUGAUGUCUCCCUCUCCUGUACCCAGAAGAGAUGAGUUUUUUAGGCUUGAAGUUGGAGAACGCUUUAGACCGAUGUGUGGUUAUGACCCACAGAUGUUACAAAUGCUGAAAGAAGAGCAUCAAAUAAUACUAGAAAAUCAAAGAAAAAUUGGUCUUUAUGUCCAAGAAAAAAGGGAUGGUUUGAAAAGAAAGCAGCAACUAGAAGAAGAACUGUUGCGAACAAAAAUCAAAGUAGAGAAGCUGAAAGCAAUACGACUACGCCGUGAUCUGCCAGAAUAUAGCAAUAUCUAAAUAUUUUAUUACUUCUGUCACAUUCUUUGAAAUACAUAAUAAUAAAUACUUUUACCCUAGCAAAAUUGUUCCUGAUGUUAAUACAGAUGGAUCAAAUAUCUGGGGGUGAAAGAUAAAAGCAUAUUUUCUGUUUUGUUGAUUAUGUACCUUAGAAAAUACCUUGUAUGGGUUUGAAUGCAGCAACUCUUCUGGUC